AUGUCUUACCAACAGCAGCAGUGCAAGCAGCCUUGCCAGCCUCCCCCUGUGUGUCUACCCCCUAAGUGCCCAGAGCCUUGUCCUCCUCCUCAGUGUCUUGAGCCAUGCCCUCCUCAGCCAUGCCAGCCAACGUGCCCUCCUGUGCAAAUUUGUCCACCAUGCCAGCAGAAGUGUCCACCCAAGAGCAAGUGA